AUGGAGGAGAGCGACGCGGCAAUGGCGGUGCGCGUGCUGAAGGAGCGGCUGACGUGGCAGCCGAGUGCCGUGACGAGCCGCGGAGAGCGCGGAGAGAACGUCGGGAGCGCACAGCGAGCGGAGUGCGCGGAGGCCAGGGAGGGCGCGGAGUGUGCGGAGAGCGGGGGAAGCGCGGAGAACGCGGAGAGUGCGUUGAGCGACAGUAUCAGGCGCAUGAGAGAGGUUCCAUUGACGGCGGAGAACGAGAGCAAUCGCGAGCGGCUGCACGGCAUGCUGCGCGACGUGGCGUGCGACGGGCUGUGCCUCUCGCUGCUUCUUCUCGGACCCAGAGGGUGCGGCAAGACACUUCAUGCUGCGCGACGUGGCGUGCGACGGGCUCUGCCUCUCGCUGCUUCUUCUCGGACCCAGAGGGUGCGGCAAGACACUUUCCCACGGGCUCUGCCUCUCGCUGCUGCUGCUGCUGCUGCUGCUGCUGCUAGGACCGAGAGGGUGUGGAAAGACUCUGGUGGUAUCACAGCUACCAUCUCGUGUGCUGGCCCCUUCCAUUACAGUGCACUUGGGUUGAGGGGCGGUUUUCAGGUGCAUCUUUUCAACCCCCCACCCAACUCCCCCUACCUCCCUCCUUGCCUCGGGUGCUGGCUCACCUGCCGUUCAGGCGCCUCAAAACCAUCCCUCCCCAUCCCUCCCCACCGCUUCCCACUCCACCCUCGCCUGCCGCCCUCAGGUGCUGCAGCGUGUGUUGGCUGA